AUGGAGAAGAAAAAGGAGGAGAAGAUCCUGAUUAUUUUAGAUAAUGUUUGGGAAGAGAUUGAUUUGAAGAGUAUAGGAAUUCCUGAAGGAGGUGAUAAUGGGAAAUGUAAAUUAUUGUUGACUACAAGAAAGCGAGAUGUGUUGGUGAGGAUGGGUUCUAAAGUUGUUGAGAUUGGCGUUUUAAGUGAAGAAGAAAGUUGGAGGUUGUUCAAGAACACAAUAGGUGAUUUUACUGAAACAAGUGAUAAGUUGAAAUCUUUGGUGAACGACAUAUGUAAGAAAUGUGGAUGUUUGCCUAUUGCCAUUGUUACUGUGGCAAAAGCAUUAAAGAAUAAGAGAGAUCUACGUGAUUUUGAAGAUGCUUUGCUACAAUUGAACAGGUCUUCAUCAACAAACUUAACAGGACCUCUAAAAAUGGCAUAUUUAUCAAUAGAAUUGAGUUACAAUUGCUUAAGUGGUGAGGAACUGAAGAGAACUUUUUUGCUCUGCAGUCUAAUGAGACAUCAAUGUUCCAUUUUAGACUUGGUCAAAUAUGUAUUGGGUUUGGAUACAUUUGAAGCCAUUUAUAAGAUAGCAGAAGCACGAAAUAGAGUAUAUACAUUGAUCAAUGAUCUUAAAGAUUCUGGUUUGUUGAUUAAUGAUCAAACCAACGAAUCAUUUUCAAUGCAUGACUUUGUUCGUGAAGUUGCUUUAUCCAUUGCAAAUCGAGACAACCAUGUCUUUUCUAUGAGAAAUGAGAUUGAGGGAGAAUGGCCUAGUUGUGAUAGACUAAAAAUUUGCAAAAUGAUCUUUAUACGUGACAGCACUAUUAGUGAGCUUCAUGAAGGAUUGGAAUGUCCGGAACUUGAGUCUUUCUUUAUGAAUACAAAGGUUGGCGAUUCUCAUGUUGAAAUCCCUGAGAACUUUUUCAAAGGGAUGACCAAGCUCAAAGUUUUAGAAUUGACUAGAAUGCAGAUUUCCUCGUUGCAAUCAUCAUUGCAUCUUUUAGAAUACCUUCAAACAUUGUGUCUGGAUUAUAGUAACUUCGAAGAUGUGGUGAUUAUUGGAAAGCUAGAGAAAUUAAAAGUUCUUAGCUUACGAGGUUCAAAUGUUAAGCAAUUGCCUGAACAAAUAGGCCAAUUGUCUCAAUUAAGGUUAUUAGAUUUAAGGGAUUGUCAUGAACUAGAAGUUAUUGCACCAAAUGUGAUAUCAAAAUUAUUCAGAUUGGAAGAAUUAUACAUGAGAGGAUGCGCUGUUCAAUGGGAGAAUAAAGGAAUACUCAAUUUUAAAAGCAGUAAAGCUAGCCUUGAUGAGUUGAAUCAUUUGCCUAAUCUCACCACUUUAGAUAUAUACAUUAAAGAUAGCAAAAUCUUUCCAAAAUGCUCGUCUUCCCGAAAGCUGAAAAGGUACAAUAUAUCCAUAGGAAAGGAUGAUUUUAAUGAUUGUAUAUUGUGCAGAUUUGGAAAAUGGGAUUACAAGAAGCUCUUUGAUGUGCAUGAGACUUUAAGAAUGUUGAAAUUGAUCCAGCGUAAUUCUAUCAUUAGGUCAAGGGAAUUGGAAUGCUUCAAGAAUGUUGAAGUCUUAUGCAUAGGAUAUGUGAAAGGUGUCAAGAAUGUUCUUUAUGAAUUAGACAAUCAGGGGUUUUCGCAAUUGAAACAUCUCCAUGUCCACAAUAAUCCUAACGUUUCAUGCAUUGUUGACUCAACAAAGAACAUAGCUCAUGAUGCCUUCCCCAACUUGGAGAUGCUAUAUCUUUUCAAUUUGAGUAAGUUGCAGAACAUAUUUCGUGGUCAUCCCACAACAAAUUCUUUGGGCAACUUAAAGAUCGUACUUGUGGAAAGUUGUAAUAAAUUGGAAAAUAUCUUCUCAUUCUCCUAUGCUAGAGUCCUUCCAAAACUUGAAAUGAUGAGUGUGGAUGAUUGCAAGAAUUUAAAAGAGAUUUUUUCCAAUGAAAGAGAAGAUAACAACAACAACAGCAAUGAAGUACUUGAAUGUUCUCAAUUACACCAUUUGACCCUCAAAUCUCUUCCACAGCUUACGAGCAUCUGUUCAGAAGGAAAGAAACCAUCGACAUUGCAAGAGAGACAAAAGGAUAAGCUUAAUGAUACUCUCAUGCCACUUUUCGACAUAAAGGUUGUUUUCCCCAAUCUGGAGGCAUUGGAAUUGAGAGAAAUUAAUUCUGAAAAGAUUUGGGACUGCCAAUGUUCGACAUUAAUGUCUUCUGAUUAUAAAAAUUUAACGCGCUUGAAUGUGUGGGGUUGCAAUAAACUAAAGUAUGUUUUCCCAUCUUCUAUGGUCACAAGCUUUGAGCAGCUCCAAUGCCUUGAGAUAUUCAAAUGUAAAUCUUUAAAGGUGAUUGUUGAUAAAGGUGAAAGAGAAGGAGAAGCUGCUAAGUUUAUCUUUCCGCGAGUAACGUUCUUGAGUCUUAAAUGGCUACCAGAACUAGAAAUUUUCUACCCUGGAGAACAUACUUCUGAAUGGCCAAUGUUAAAGGAGUUGGUAGUAUGUUAUUGUGACAAAGUAAAGAUAUUCAAUACAAAAAAUAGUGAAGGCCAACUUGACAUUUCAGGGCAACAACCCUUCUUCUUGUUUGAAAAGAUUAAUCCCAAUUUGGAGACAUUGAAAUUGAGCGAAAUGGAAUGCAAGAUGAUAUGGCAAGGCCAAUUUCCUCACGACCACUUUUGCAGUCUUAAAGCUCUUCGGGUCGAGCAUGAUGAUGAAUCAACAAGUGUUCCACUUGGAAUCUUUCAAAGAUUUAAAUUUUUGGAAGCUGAGAAACAUAUUGGGACAGCAUCAUCAAUGAAAACGAGUCUUUCUGGUCUUCAAAAUCUUGAAGUUCUACAAGUAGAUGGGUGUGACAAAUUGAUUAAUCUAGCUUGCUUCUCUAUAACUUUCCAGAAUCUAACAGAACUGAAGGUAAAGCGUUGCAAUAGAUUGAUCAACUUAGUGACAUCUUCAACAGCCAAAAGCUUGGAGCAAUUGAGAGAACUGAAAAUAUCAGCAUGCAAAAUGAUGAUAGAAGUGGUAGAAAAUGAGGGAGAUGGCACAGGAAAAGAUAGAACGAUUGUUUUAAAAAAUUUGAAGUUCCUCUCACUUAAGCAUUUGGAAAGUUUCGAACGUUUCGGGAAUUACAAGUUCAACUUCCCAUCUUUGAUGGAAUUAAAAGUGAAUAAUUGUCGCAAGAUGAAAACUUUCUGUGAAGGCAAGGUAACAGCACCAAAUUUACGGAACAUAAAGAAAUCCAAGCAUAAUGAAAGGUAUUGGAAGGAUGAUCUCAACAUAACUAUACAACAAUUACACAAAGAAUCCAAAGGAAAAGAAAGAAGACAUCAAAUGCGAUCCAUUAUGUGGAUUACUUUGGCUGUGAUCCACUUAAAAUUAUCUUGGAGGAUCAUUUCUGUUUUGUUUGGAACCAUUUCUAUUGGAAUCUUUCAUACUGGAAUACAUAGACGAUCAGAAAUGCCAUUUUGAGGG